GCAUGAGGGCAUGGAUGAGAUAAAUUUGUGCCCAGGUCUAUUACGCGUUCUUUGUUUUCUUUGUUCUCUCUUUAUCGCUUUUUCUUUCACACACUUUUUUUUUCUCCAUAAUUCCACAUUGUUCAUUUAACAAUGAAGUUUCAAUCGCUCAUGCUCAUCUCGCUGGCCAGUGUCGCAUUGGCUUCUCCUGCAUGGUGGGAGCAGUGGACUGUCAAUCGACACAAGACUGUCGCUGAUAACGGUUAUGGCAAUGACGACAGACGUCUUGUCCAGACUGCUGCUGACCAGGCUCCAUUCUGGACAACUGAGCAUGAACGUCUUUUAAUGUUCCGCAAAAAAAUCAAGUUUAUGGAUAUUACUGAUCACCAAGAUCUUGGUACCUCGCGUCUCUUUACCAUGGGCAAAAAACCUCUUCCAAAAGAGGCUGUUCACCAAGAGGAGUUCGCUAAAUACGUUGACCAUUUAUCAACAGCCAAUAUGGAGGUUGCAUUAACUAAAUUUACAGAGUUCCACACUCGCUACUAUAAGAGUGAGACUGGCUUCCAGUCUGCCAAGUGGCUAUACAAGCAGAUCAGUGAUCUCAUCGAGGAAACUGACGCCGACUCGGAUGUUAGUCUCCGUAAGUUUGACCACGACUGGAAACAAUUCUCAAUCAUUGCUCGCUUCGAGGGUAAGAACGAGUCAUUAUCGAACGAGCCAGUCAUUGUGGGUGCACAUCAGGACUCUGUCAACAUGUGGCUUCCUAUGCUUCGCUCACCUGGUGCUGAUGACGAUGGAUCUGGCACUGUAACCACCUUGGAAGUCUUCCGUGCUCUCAUCAACAUUGGCUUCCACCCUGCACGCCCUGUUGAGUUCCAUUGGUACUCUGCUGAAGAGGCUGGACUUUUGGGUUCACAGGCUGUCGCCAAGAGCUACGAGAAGAAGGGUGUUGACGUUCUUGCUAUGAUUCAGAAUGACAUGACUGGAUACGUUGGAUCCAAGUUUGCUGAAUCGUAUGGAAUCGUUGUUGACCAUGUCGAUCCAGAGUUGACUCAGCUCGUGAGCGUCUAUGCUAAAGAGUAUGGAGAUAUCCCAGUUCGUGAGACCAAGUGCGGUUAUGCCUGUUCUGAUCAUGCUUCAUGGGCGAAGGCAGGAUACCGAUCUGCUUUUGCAAUUGAAGGAGAGUUCUCUGAUAACAGUCCAUACAUCCAUACAGCAAACGAUGAUUUGUCACACAUUAAUUUUGACCACAUGUUGCAGUUUGCUAAACUGACUCUUGGAUUCACAGUUGAACUUGGACAUUUCAAGGGCGGGGAGAACUGAAAGUCAAAGUACCAGAGUACCAGAAGUGCAAGUAGAAGUAGAUAACAUUCCCGUGUCAUGUUCACCUGUUUAUUAUAUGGUUACAUGAAUAAAUGAAUCAGCAACACAGCCUGAUGAAAAAGCAUGCC